AUGGGAGCAAACUAUAACACUGUGACUUUCAACACUACAUUCGAAAAUAUGAGUGUGGGAUAUUACCAAACGUUCAUUCAAUCUCUACGAAGAGAAUUGUUUAGCGGAACUACAAGCUAUGACAUACCGUUAUUGCGUACAAAAUCAACAGCGAUCAAAGACAAACAAUUUGUGUAUGUGAAACUUUUCAAUCAAAGUUUCACAAUCACAUUUGCAAUAUCAACUCUCAACUCGUAUGUGAUUGGCUAUCAAGUAGACGCAGAAAGGCGUUGUUACUUCUUUAAAGAAGCUCCUGAAUCGAAAACUUCACUUUUUAGAGAAAGUACUCGAAGAGUCGAUGUUGAUCUCAAAACAAAUUAUGAUAUUUUAGGAAAUAGAGAGAAUGUUAAUUUGGGAUUUAAGUCGUUAAAUAAGUCUCUCGAAAAAUUUAGAAAUUUUGAUAGCGAGAAUCCUACUGAAGAGCUUCGUCAUAAUCUUAUACUUGUUAUCCAAAUGAUUGCCGAGGCUGCGAGAUCCAAAUAUAUUCAACAAAAAUUGGAGGUGAAAGGCUUUGAAGCUGGAUUUUUCCCUAAAGCUGAUAUUAUUAGCUAUGAGAAUAAAUGGGAAGAUCUUUCUAAAGCUAUCCAAAAUUCUAAAAAUGGAACAUUUCCUAAAAUUCAACUACAAAAAGAAGAUUAUAGUAUUUAUUAUGUGUCUACAGUGGCAGAAGUGAAAAAGGACUUGGCCUUCUUGUUGAAUAUUGCACCAUAA